CUUCUCCCGAGAAGGCGGAGGAGGAAAGUGAGAGGCUGCUGAAGGAGCUCUACCUGUUUGAUGUUCUCCGCGCUGACCGCACUACUGCUGCGCACGGUCUUGAGUUGAGAGUCCCGUUUCUGGAUCAUCGGUUUUCCUCUUAUUACUUGUCUCUGCCACCAGAAAUGAGAAUUCCAAAAAAUGGGAUAGAAAAACAUCUCCUGAGAGAGACGUUUGAGGACUCCAACCUGCUGCCCAAAGAGAUCCUCUGGAGACCAAAAGAAGCCUUCAGUGAUGGGAUCACCUCAGUCAAGAACUCCUGGUUCAAGAUUUUACAGGACUAUGUUGAACAUCAGGUCGAUGACGCAAUGAUGGCCGCGGCAGCCCAGAGGUUUCCCUUCAAUACUCCCCAAACCAAGGAAGGCUACUACUACCGGCAGAUCUUUGAGCGCCACUACCCAGGCCGGGCUGAUUGGCUGACCCAUUACUGGAUGCCCAAGUGGAUCAAUGCCACCGACCCUUCCGCCCGCACCCUCACCCAUUACAAGUCGGUUGCCGAAGCUUAGAUGCUCUCUAAACUUUAGUGCGAAGUUAAGUGUUUCUUCUGACUCAGAAGGUAGAGACAUUGAGACCAACACAGCAAUGACGCGAGGCAGCCACCAACCACUCCGGCUUUUGUGGGCAUGGAACGAAAUAAAAAUAUUACAUCAGAAAUGCUUCUGGUGGUGGGUGCUAACACAGCCGCAUUAGAGGCAGCUGGAGACGGAGUGGUGGCUGCGGUAUCACCGCCGUGUGGAUGGCAGUGAGCUGAAGGGGAGAGCUGGUGAGCUUCGCAUCUCAAUUCUGCCUCUGCCCCUAGCAGCUCCUAGGCAGACAUGGAUGCGAGUCCUCCGUGAGACCUCAUGACUGUUCUGCUGUGUAGGAUAGCAAUUCAGCAUUUUGCUUUCUUAUAUUAUAUCCCCUCUGAAGAUUUGUGGAGUUGGGGCUAAACUUCUCAAAUCGAGUC